AUGACAGCUGACAGACAGAUGCAGGCCGGUUCUCGUUUUGGGCCUGGCGCCGGCAACCGUAUGAGGGAGCCGCGGCCGCCAGCUGUCCAGGCUGAGCUUGAUCGCCUCCCCUCCAUGGACCAGCCUGCCUGGUACGAUCCCCCGUCACCCGCGUCUUCGUCCUCGUCCAUGGCCUACGAUGAGGUCUACAGCGAUCACGUCACGAACUCAGGCAACAAGCUCGACCUGAACUCGCGCUGGCUCCGCAAGGGCAAAAUGUGUGCCUGGGGUCCCUCGUUCGACGAUACCAUGCGCAUCGGCCGAUCGCGCAAGCGUCUGCAGAUGUGCCUCGACCAGCUCCUCCCCAAUUCUGCGGCCGAGAUUGGUGUCGAGCCUCCGCAGAACAUCAUCGAUGUUGAGGAGCGCCGCCAGGAAAGUAAGAAGCGGAAGACCGAGGAGAAGGAGUACCUGCUCCCGCACCUCACUAGCCCCUCGCCUCCGAUGUCGACCGUCGACCUCGCGCCGAUGCUCGCCCUCCCUCGCAGCUACGUUGACAUCGUGACGAAUCCGGCGAUGCGACACUCGCUCGGUGACGACUCGAUGGAGCGCGGACUGCAGAAGACUGCUGCCGACUUGCUGGACGGCGAGAAGGGUCUGAUGCAGGCGGUCGGACGCCUCAGGGAAGUCCUGCGUUUGCGCGAACGCGAUGCCCCCGAGGGCCUCUUCCUUGAUGUUCACAAGAUCAAAGAGAAGCAGGAGAAGGAGAGACAGGCUGCCAAGCCGGUCGCGAACGGCACUGCUACUGCCAAUGGCCAGCCGAACGGCGAGUCGAAUGCUCCCAACGGUCACUCGGCCGAAGGCGGUGAGAACGCGGAGGGUGCUGCGAACGACGAGCCGAAGUACCUGACGCCGUCGGACCCCAACUUCGUCCCGCCCCUCCCCCGUGUGUCAGACACCGACAACCUGUGGCGCGUUACUCAGGAGCUCCUGCAGGCGCAGCCUUCACCCACUCUUACCUACACCAUCACCCCCGAGGGCGCCGCUGGGCAGUCGAACGAGGUUCCUCCCAAGCUCACUCCCGUGCAGCGCCUCUUCACCUCGCCCACUGGCAUCACCCUCAACGCCAUCCCCCAUCCCAACAACCCGGGCUACCACUCGUUCAACCCGGGUCACCCUUUGUACCCGUCGCACAUCAAGUACAACAUUGAUGUUGCAAACCAGCAGAGCGCCGUUGAUGACGCCCUCGAGCGCAUCAUGGAGCUGCUAGCGGACUGCAACGAGUACAAGGAGCGUCUGGAAGAGGCCCGCGAGCGUGUCUCAGACGUCGCGCGUGUGCGCAAGACGCUCUGGAAGGUCGUCAAGCGCCGUGCCGGCCGCGAGCUCGACCGCAUGGAGGGCAAGGCCUAG